CUGCCCAAGGUGGCUCUCCCAGCCCGUGGAACGACUUUCCUAUGGAGUCGGGGGUGAUGCGAAUGGGCCCCCCGGGACUGGAAGAGCGCUCUUUCCCAGGCUCUGACUCUUUUCUGGGCCCAGGGGAAUGAGAGGGCUUGGGACUAAAAGGUGAUCAGAGACAGCAGAGGUCAGGUUGGGGAGCUUCUGGGAGCCAUACGUUCACCUGGCCCUGCCCAGGGCCUCUCCUUCCCGCGGGAGGUCACCCUCUGACCCUUCAGCACAGGCCAUCCCUCCCUGUCCCUGUUGCUCUUGCCCAGCUCCACACUGAGCUUUCUGGAAUGGGGGCCCAGUGCCACCUCCCUCUCCACAACUGGCCUGCUUUCCAGCUCUGAGUUUCGGUUCUCCCGAGGCUGCAUCCACCCUCCCCCGCAGCCAAUCCCACAGCCUUACGGGAAGCAGGGAGAGGGGCGAUGGCGGGGCUCCACGGGUGCCUGGGCUCCUGAGCCCCCAAGGCGCGCACAGAGGCCAACCUCGGGCCUCCUCCCUCCAUCACUGAGGAGUAGGCGAUAGGAGCCUCAGCCGCUGCCUCCCCCUCCCUGCCGUGGCCGAUGGAGCCGGCAGGUUGUCUUGGCAACGGGAGGCGGAGAGGAGAUGCGCCGAGGGAUGGAGGUGUAUGUCACCGAGGAAGCUGCUGUGCUCCUGCCCCACGCCCCAGGCCCGUGAAGGCCCUGCACGCGGUCGGCAGCGGGGAGAGCCACUGAGGGAUGAGGCCGCCACAGCCCGCUGGGACGCCUUUUCUGCUCUCGCCGCACCGAGUGCGCAGCGCCCAGGAGCCGGGCAGAGCCUGACGCCCUGUCGUCUCCCCUCGCGCACAGGCCCCCGCCGGUGACCCGAUCGGCCUGCUCCCCGCUGUAUGGAACGGCUGCAGAAGCAACCACUUACCUCCCCUGGGAGCGUCAGCUCCUCCCGAGGCUCCAGUGUACCUGGCUCACCCUCCAGCAUCGUGACCAAGAUGGACAAUCAGGUGCUGGGCUACAAGGACCUGGCUGCCAUCCCCAAGGACAAAGCCAUCCUGGACAUUGAGCGGCCUGACCUCAUGAUCUACGAGCCCCACUUUACCUAUUCUCUCCUGGAACACGUGGAGCUGCCCAGAAGCCGGGAGCGCUCGCUGUCACCCAAAUCCACAUCCCCCCCACCAUCCCCGGAGGUGUGGGCAGAGAGCCGUUCCCCUGGGACCAUCUCUCAGGCCUCAGCCCCAAGGACCGUGGGAACCCCGCGGACGAUGCUGCCCCAUUUCCACCACCCUGAGACCGCCCGCCCAGAUUCCAAUAUCUACAAGAAGCCGCCUAUCUACAAGCAGAGAGAGUCCAUGGGAGGCAGCCCUCAGAGCAAGCAUCUCAUUGAGGACCUCAUCAUUGAGUCUUCCAAGUUCCCUGCAGCCCAGCCCCCUGACCCCAACCAGCCAGCCAAGAUCGAGACUGACUACUGGCCGUGCCCCCCAUCGCUGGCUGUUGUAGAGACAGAGUGGAGGAAGAGGAAGGCAUCGCGGAGGGGAGCCGAGGAAGAGGAAGAGGAGGAAGAAGAUGACUCUGGGGAGGAGAUGAAGGCUUUCAAGGAGCGUGAGAGAGAGAUGCUCAGUAAGGUUACUUCCAACUUGGGAAAAAUGAUCUUGAAAGAGGAGAUGGAAAAGUCAUUGCCUAUCCGGAGGAAAACCCGCUCCCUGCCUGACCGGACGCCCUUCCAUACCUCCAUGCAUGCAGGGACCUCCAAGUCGUCUUCUCUCCCCGCUUAUGGCAGGACCACCCUGAGCCAGCUACAGUCCGCAGACUUAAGCCCAUCCGGGAGUGAGACGGGAAGCUCAGGCCUGCCGAACGGAGAGGGCCAGAGGGGGAGGAUGGACCGGGGGAACUCCUUGCCCUGUGUGCUGGAGCAGAAGAUCUAUCCCUACGAAAUGCUGGUGGUGACCACUAAGGGGAGAACCAAGUUGCCUCGAGGUGUGGACCGGAUGAGGCUGGAGAGGCAUCUGUCGGCGGAGGACUUCUCAAGGGUGUUUUCCAUGUCUCCCGAGGACUUCAGCAAGCUGGCUCUGUGGAAGCGGAAUGAACUCAAGAAGAAGGCCUCUCUCUUCUGAUCGCCCCCUCCCUCUCCAUGACUGAGCCCUGCCACUUCAGGGCUCUGGAGCUGGGGUCACCAGACCCCAAAGCAUCAUCUCUUGGGGGAGCAGGGAGGUGGGGCCGCGGUAGGGUUGGCUCCCUUCCCCAGGUCCGGGGAGAGCCAGGACCUCUGCAGCCCUGGGUGGUGGGACUUGGACUUCUUCUCCAGAGGAGCAGGGGCUUCCUUCUCUCAUGUGGGCCUCACUGCACAGGCAAACCCCAUCUGGACUCCAGCACACACAGAGUUAAUGUUUGCACCCUUUCCCUGCCCACACCCCAGUGAAGGUCCCCAGAAGAGAGGGAAAACGGACAGGGAGCUUGGUGCUCAGGUUGUCCACAGCCUUGGCCACUGAGGGUGGAACCCUGGGGCCCCCUAGCUGGAGGGGGAGCUUGGGAAGCAGCUGGGUGGUGGGCGAGCUGGUGGGGGCCCCUGGGACUCUGGGAGCCCAUGUGCGCCCCUCCUUACCUCACCGUGGACAGCUCCCCACACACCUGGGCCUCUGGCUUCUCUGACUCCAGCAGGAGCAGGCUUGGGCUCAGCCUCCAGCAGGGAGGCCACCCUGCGCUCCAGCCUCACUCUGUCCUCUUCUUUCAACCCCUAAGCUUCAAAGCCUCUU